GUGAGUUGUUCCUUCCACAUUGGGGCUCGGGGCGCCAUGGCGGAAUCAAAGGAUCCGCGCAAGUCAGCAGAGAAGUAUCUAGAGGAGAAGAACAUCAGAAGCUUGAUCAGACAUCUCAGUACAAAGAUUUUGUUUGUAAAGCCGGAGGACCCGCGCGCGUUUCUAGUCGAAGAGCUGAAAAGAAUCCACGAAUGCCAGCAGCAGCAAGUCCCGGUCCCGUCAUUCUUUGAGGAGAAGGACUUGAUAGCGAUGUUCGGGAUGUUUGACCUGACGGGGAGCGGGAAGAUAACGCAUGUACAACUAGAGAAAGCGAUGCAGAACCUGGGCAUCAAGGACUUCACUUCGACAUCGACUGAGAAGGUCGAUCUUCAGAUGUUUGUUGCCAUAGCAAAGGAGGAGCUGGACAAGGUAGCGCUGCGUAUGCCGCCGAUAACGCAGUGAGAGGGCGGGAGGAGGGAGCUGAUGGGACGAAUGACAUGUAAAGACCACCGAACGUUUGAAAACAAGGGAAGAACAACGAGC